AUGCAUCGAAUGACACCAGACAUAGAGUUCAGUGAUUUCAAGUACCAGCCUAUAUAUAUGCCUUCCAACUUCCAACCAGAAGGAAUAUCGCUUCGUAACCACCUACCCACACCGCCCAACAGUACACGGCCUUCACUUGAGGAGUCCCAGUGUAGGCUAGAAUCCUCAUGCGCUUCUGAAACCCUUGCACAAGUUGCAGUGCCUCCCACAGAAGCGAACCUACUGCCUAGUGAUCUGACCCCUCCACCAUCUCCAUCAAGUCCAUCUCCUGAAACCUGCGACUCUAUUUUGGAGUCCUUCAGGAACGUUGCAGAUCGGGCAGUAACAAGGGUUGUUAUGCAAAACGUUCCAUCUGCCACAUAUGAAGCAGUCAUGGAAAAAGCUACAGAUAACGGAGACUGGCAGGCUGUGAGAGUCGACUACAAUGAGGGUGUGCUCAUUGUACACUGCCCAAACCUUGGCCACGAGAUCCUCCCAGAACUGUUCGAUGUGAUGAGGCAUGCAGAAAAAUCGUACCCAAAGAAAUAUCACGACAGCACAAUCACCCAGGGCGGGUCAACGACCAUUGCUCUGGCAGCUGGUUCGAAAUCACCUGAUUUCAGCCUGUAUGAAGUAAAAGAAAGUAGCGGGCAGGCGCAGCAAGGGACAAGUGGGAUCCCUACGGUUGCCUUUGAAGUGGGAUACUACGGGGAAGGGGAAAAGAAAUUGGCCUUGGAUGCUGGCCGACUUAUAUGCCUGUCCAAAGGCAUGAUACAAUUAGCGGCCACAAUCAACCUCGAUCACGAGAAGGAAAAGGACGGAAUACGGAAACUGAAAUCCGUUAUCUGGACCCAUUGGGAGAUGGAUCCAGGGUAUCCUCGGAUUGUUGAAGGGAACGAUACUUAUGAGCUUAACAAGCUCGUUCCUGAAAUAAAUGGAAAGCUUAUAAAGGACACGGACAAAGUCCAACCAACACCCGAUGCCUACAGAGCAGUAGUGACUUUUGCCAAGACACCAUAUUGGGUCAGAGCCCAGAAGUCAAAUACAUACAAGGUAUCUAACCCAGUUAUUUUGCGAAUUCAAUCUGCUGACUUCAAGGACCUGGAGCUCUUUCCAGAUCAAGGGGUCAAGUCUAUCCCGAUCCUGUAUCGUCAUUUGUUCCGUGACCCUCAGGAGAAAGACCGGAAAAACCCUGCAUUUACCUUUCAAACUGUGGAUAUCAUGGCUACAAUUCAUAGCCAUGAGAAUAUUCAGCGCGAAAUAAAUGGCAAAAACAAGAAGACACAACGAGAUGUGGACUCAUUUGAGGAGACGCUGCUUGCAACGUUUAAAAAGCGUCGGUCUGACUAG